UACAGUGAUUUCAACAGUCAAAGGUCGCGUUCUAAACUAGACAUUCCAGUACUGAAAUUGAUGAAAGAAGAUUAAGCUGAAGACAGAGAGCCUAGCUACCGUGCAAUUGCCCUACUGACAAUCUCGGCAUGUCGACCGAAGGGAAGCCGCCGUAUCCGCCGUUCACCGCGGAGACAGCCAAGAUCAAAGUGAAAGCGGCCCAAGAUGCUUGGAACACCAAGGAACCCCACAAGGUCAAGAUGGCCUACACUGAAAACUCCAUCUGGAGAAACCGGGACGAGUUCCUCACGGGCCGGGACGAGAUCGCGGACUUUCUGACCACGAAAUGGUCUAAGGAGACCGGGUACAGACUGAGGAAAGAGCUGUUCGCUUUUUCGGAGAACAAGAUCGCUGUUCAGUUCUGGUACGAGUGGCAUGACGAGUCGGGGCAGUGGUUCAGGACUUACGGUCUCGAGGAUUGGACGUUUGCUGAGAACGGAUUGAUGAGAAAACGUCAGAUGAGCGGGAACGAUGUGAAGAUUCCGGACGAGGAACGAUGGUUCAAGGACGGAGUUGAUGUAAACAUGGUUGAUAUUUCGGAGAAGCAUUGGUAAAACGUUACUACGGCUCGGGACAACUUGGCCGUUUGUGGCAGGAAUAGUUACUCGUCUAAUGAAGUAUACAUGAGUACCCUUUUUGAGCUAUUGGACAAGGCCAGAAAGGUCCAGAUCUUCGAUUCGAGCCAUUUGUGCAAUAUUCCCCUUGAAAUGGCCAGAGCGUGAGCCACUUGGUAACACAUGGAUGGCAAGUCGUCACGAGGAUUUCGGUUCCACAUAAUGAAGGUUUGAAGAGUGUACUGCGCCUCAAAUUGGCCACCCUUGCG